CGCGGGGGCGGGGCUUGCUGACCGUUGUGACGUGUGGGCGGGGCCAGGCGGGACGGGCUCUCCCUCGGGUGCUUAGACCCGCCACCGUCCCACUCUGCCCUGUUGCUGUCGCGCCGCUGCUGGCUGCUGUCCCUGGACCCCUACCAUGGAGAAGACCAUCGAAGAUCCCCCCACAUCAGCUAUCUUGCUGGAUCACUGUCAUUUCUCUCAGGUCAUCUUUAACAGUGUGGAGAAGUUCUACAUCCCUGGAGGGGACGUCACAUGUCAUUAUACCUUCACCCAGCAUUUCAUCCCUCGUCGAAAGGAUUGGAUUGGCAUCUUUAGAGUGGGGUGGAAGACAACCCGUGAGUAUUACACCUUCAUGUGGGUUACUUUGCCCAUUGACCUAAACAACAAAUCAGCUAAACAGCAGGAAGUCCAAUUCAAAGCUUACUACCUGCCCAAGGAUGAUGAGUAUUACCAGUUCUGCUAUGUGGAUCAGGAUGGUGUGGUCCGGGGAGCAAGUAUUCCUUUCCAAUUCCGUCCAGAAAAUGAGGAAGACAUCCUGGUUGUUACCACUCAGGGAGAGGUGGAAGAGAUUGAGCAGCACAACAAGGAGCUUUGCAAAGAAAACCAGGAGCUGAAGGACAGCUGUGUCAGCCUCCAGAAGCAGAACUCAGACAUGCAGGCUGAGCUCCAAAAGAAGCAGGAGGAGCUAGAAACCCUACAGAGCAUCAAUAAGAAGUUGGAACUGAAAGUGAAAGAACAGAAGGACUAUUGGGAGACAGAGCUGCUUCAACUGAAAGAACAAAACCAGAAGAUGUCCUCAGAAAAUGAGAAGAUGGGAAUCAGAGUGGAUCAGCUUCAGGCCCAGCUGUCAACUCAAGAGAAAGAAAUGGAGAAGCUUGUUCAGGGAGAUCAAGAUAAGACAGAGCAGUUAGAGCAGCUGAAAAAGGAAAAUGACCACCUCUUUCUCAGUUUAACUGAACAGAGGAAGGACCAGAAGAAGCUCGAGCAGACAGUGGAGCAAAUGAAGCAUAAUGAAACUACUGCAAUGAAGAAACAACAGGAAUUAAUGGAGCCUAGGAACAAGAAAGCAGCACUAACUGUGGAGGAGCAGUUAGCACAACAGGUGGAACGCCUUAAGGCAAAGGUAGAGGCCGGGAAAGCCUAUUUCUUAGAGAAGUACAAAGAGUAUGAACGACUUCACAAACAGAUCAGCCAACUCAGGGCGGCUGCACUGGAUGAAAACUUUGACCUGUCAAAAAGACUGAGUGAGAACAAAAUGAUGUAUAAUGCUCUGCAGAGAGAAAAAGAGAGAUUGGAAGGAGAAAAUGAUCUUUUGAAGAGGGAGAACAGCAGAUUGCUCAGUUACAUGGGUCUGGAUUUUGAUUCUUUGCCGUAUCAAGUACCUGCUUCAGAUGAAGGAGGCGCAGGACAAAAUCCAGGACUUGUCUAUGGAAACCCAUAUUCUGGUAUCCAAGAAAGUUCUUCCCCCAGCCUGCUCUCCAUCAAGAAAUGCCCUAUCUGCAAAUCAGAUGAUAUUUGUGAUCACACCUGGGAGCAACAGCAGAUGCAGGCCCUUUGUUUGAAUUGUCCAGUUUGUGACAAGAUCUUCCCAGCUACAGAGAAGCAGAUCUUUGAAGACCAUGUGUUCUGCCACUCUCUAUGAGUGUCCCAACCUCUUGGAUGUAUACAGAGAUUUUAUAGAAUAGAACCUAUAGCUUCUACCAUGAGUUAUAUGAGUCAAGAUCCUGCCUAACCUGAAAUUAUUAGGGAUUUACUCAGCCCUGCUGCUACUAACAGUGGAGUUAUGUCACUGAUCUGAAGGUCACUGUUAAGGGCUUCUGCUGCCAUCCUUGUGGGUUGCUACCUUUAAGUCACAUAACUCUAGCUGUAUCAUCCUCUCACCUGUCAUUCUUCUGAGGGUCCCAGUACAAGGGCCCUGGGAUGGAGCCAACCUGGGUAUUCACAACAGGCCUGACUUGAUACUAAGUGAUUAGUUUUCCAAGUUGUCCCACUGCCAUUCAAAGUCAGCCCUUGAGUGUAUUUGUUCUCAGUCCUAACCCUGGGGCCAGAGAUUGGUCCGAGGUUGAGAAUUCCUUCCUCCUCAUCCUUGGUGUUGCUUUCUCCAAAUGAUUGCUUUAGACUAGCCAAAAAUGCCAUGGCAAAGAGCUCAGCAAUCCAAUUUGGAUACCAAAAGUUUCUCAUGUUAAUUUCUCAGCCCCCAAAGAAGCAUCUUACUCCUGAACCUUAGACAGGAAGUAUUGUUUCAGUCACAGAAAGCUUUUCUGGGUACCUCUAGUUAGCACUUCCUACUCUCUGAUAUUUCCUAUGUACAUAGCUUUUAUUGUUGUAAAUCCUUUCUUAAUGGUUAAAUAGGGAUUGUUAGCAACUAUGGGUUUGCAGUUUUCCGAGUAGGUGAGUUUUGAAUAUGGAUGUCAGAAUAAUGAGACAACUUGUUAAUCUCUUUAAUACUAAAAAUAAAUUACUCUUCUAUUUCAGGGACUUAGGUAAUUUAAAAUAAA